AGCCCAUACCUUUAUGUCUAUGGCCAUCGUUAAGAUCACACCUUCCCCUCUUCGGACGCUGGUCGUCUUAGCCCUUAUAUUGAGCCAUGCCCGAGCUGAUCCGGAUCCGCUUCAAGAUUACUGUGUUGCAGACACGAGCAACCGGCACUCUUUUUGGGUCAAUGGUGCGCCCUGCAUUGACCCGCAUUCAGCUAGCGUUUCCCACUUCACCACUUCUGCUUUAUCCAAGCCAGGCAACCCAAAGGCCAACCCAUUUGGGUCCAAUGUCACACUUACAAACAUAGCCAAUUUGCCGGGGCUCAAUACCAUGGGCUUGACCAUGGCUAGAGUUGACAUUGCGGGGAAUGGUCUGGUGCCACCCCACUCGCACCCGAGGGCCUCGGAGGUGACCAUUUGCCUCGAGGGGGUGAUCGGUGUGGGCUUUGUGGACACUUCCAACCGCCUGUUCACGCAAAUACUACGACCGGGCGAGUCAUUUGUAUUCCCUAAAGGUUUGAUUCAUUACCUCUACAACUUUGAUUGGACGAACUCAGCAUUGGCCAUCUCGGGGUUCAAUAGUCAAAACCCAGGUGCCCAAAUUGCUUCACUUGCCGCAUUCACAGCCAAGCCCGGGAUACCCGACAAAGUACUAGCAACAGCGUUCCAGAUUACAGGGCAAGACGUAGCCAGAAUUCGCAAGAACCUUGGUGGAUGAAAGCUGUCUAUACUAGUAUAAACUGCAACAUGUAGCUGUUGCUUGAUUAUUCUAGUUAGCACGAAGAAGUUACCCAAUUCUAGUUUGUGGAAAAGCAUGCUCCACAUGAUGAAGGUUUUAACUAUGUAGGAUGGAUUUGAUCGGUUGACUUGUUUUAAUGGUGAGCUUGAAUAUGAGAGCUGACUUGUUUUAAUGAUGAGCUUGAAUAUGAGAGCAUGUUACG